AUGGCAUCCAAAAGUACAUCCUCGGUGUUACUGGAAACAGCGGUAGUUCUUGUUGAAGACGAUCAUGGGCUUGCGUACCCUGCAAGGGCUCUACUUGAUUCUGGAUCAGAGUGUAAUUUCAUGUCGGAAAGUUUUUCACAAUUCUUGAGGAUCAAACGAAAUCGGGCAGAGGUUGCCGUAUCAGGUGUCGGGCAGGUCAAUACGAGAGUAAGGCAUACAGUGAAUGCGGUGGUCAGAUCCAGAGUGGGUGGCUAUAAAUGUGUAUUGGAGUUCUUAUUGCUUCCUAAAGUCACUGGAAAUUUACCAUCUAUCAGUAUCGACACAACAAAAUGGAAAAUACCACAGGGUGUAAAAUUAGCCGAUCCAGCGUUCGAUACCUCAAAUUCCGUUGACUUGAUCCUGGGUAUCCAGCACUUUUUCACAUUCUUCAAACCAGGGAGAGAAAUCCAUCUAGGGGAUGGUCUUCCCAAAUUAUCGGAAUCGGUGUUUGGAUGGGUAGUGGCUGGAACCGUGACCGCAUCUAUCCUUUCAUCGUACCAUUGCAACGUUGCUUCUACGGUGAAUUUGGAGGAAUUGUUGGCAAGGUUUUGGUCUUGUGAGGAAGUCGACACUGCAAAUAAUUAUUCUCCGGAGGAAGCUCGCUGUGAAGAACAGUUUAUUCGUUCUGUUAGAAGAGGUUCGGACGGAAGAUAUAAGGUCUCUCUUCCGAAGAACGAAGAUGUCAUUGAGAAAAUGGGCGAGUCAAGAGACAUCGCACUACGACGAUUCCAAGGAUUGGAACGCAGACUUCUGGAGGAUCCAGAACUGCGUUGCCAAUAUAUUCAAUUUAUGGGGGACUACCUGCGCCUCGGGCACAUGCGCAAGGUACGCGUAACUCAAGAGGAUUCGGUCAAACGAUGUUACCUCCCCCACCAUCCAGUUUUGAAAGAAAGUAGUACGACAACAAAACUAAGAGUGGUGUUUGAUGCUUCAUGUAAGACAUCUAGCGGAAUUUCCCUGAACGACUCAUUAUUGGCAGGGCCGGUAAUUCAAGAAGAUCUUCGUUCAAUCAUCCUACGUUGUCGCGCAAGACAGAUAAUGAUUGUAGCGGACGUUGAGAAGAUGUUUCGUCAAAUUAAGAUGGACGAAAAUGAUAUACCCCUACAGAGCAUCCUAUGGCGAACCAAUGAGCAAGUCAAUUAUCCACAAGCAGCUGAGGCAUUGAUUAACGAUGUGUAUAUGGAUGAUGUUUUGACCGGUACAAAUGGCGUGAAUGAAGCAGUAGAGCUGAGGGUUCAACUUGAUUCAUUGAUGAGAAGCGGAGGAUUCAGGUUACGGAAAUGGGUUUCUAACUGCAAGGAGGUAUUACAAGAUGUACCGGAGGAGGAUUUAGGUUUGGGAAGACAAGGUCAAGUAGAACUCGAUCCAGAUCCAGCAGUGAGAACAUUGGGAUUGACAUGGUUGCCGAAAACUGAUGUUCUGAAGCUACAGUUCUCAAUACCAGAGAUACAUCCAAACGAUAAAUGGUCAAAACGAAAGGUUCUAUCAAUUAUUGCAGGACUGUUCGAUCCGCUAGGGCUGGUCGGAGCACUCAUCACUGUAGGAAAACUUUUCAUGCAACGACUGUGGAAAUUUGAAGAUGAAAGGGGGAGUGCAAGCAAGGAUUGGCAAGAAUUCCAUAGACAACUUCCUAUUUUGAAUAGCAUAACUAUUGAACGUUGUGUUUUGGUCCCUAAUCCAAUCAUCAUUCAGCUUCACGUCUUUUCAGAUGCUUCGGAGAAGGCAUAUGGUGCCUGUGCAUACCUUAAAAGUUGCAAUUCACAUGGCGCAACUAAAAUAAUAUUGCUUUCGUCGAAAUCAAAGGUAGCACCGUUGAAAACUCAAUCCAUUCCACGACUAGAAUUGUGUGGAGCAGCUGUCAAACUUAGCCCAGCGGUAUACUACUGGACUGACUCAACGUGCGUUUUACAGUGA